UUCUCUUUCUUCCUUCCUCCGUCCCCUGUACCCACGACCCCUCCCUUGAACGCUUCACACAUCGGAGCUUGCAGAGCAUACGGCCAUGGCCGGAGACCGCCAAGAAGACGAGGAAGACGUGGUUUGCUUGGACGAGUCUUUCUUUAUCAAUGACAACUACCAGCUGACCAAAUUCACUUUUGGGUCGCAAGUUCUUGAGCUUUAUUGUCUUCAGUCCGCUUCAACUGAUUUUGAUCUGACGGGGCAGCUGGUAUGGCCUGGAGCUAUGCUUUUGAAUGAGUUCCUCUCGAAGAACGUUGACUUGCUCCGAGGUUGUUCUGUUAUUGAACUAGGCUCUGGUGUCGGUAUAACAGGAAUCCUUUGCGGUAGAUUUUGUCGUGAAGUCGUGUUGACUGACCAUAAUGAUGAAGUUCUCAAGAUUUUGCAGAAAAACAUAGAGCUGCAUUCUUCUUCCGAGAGUUACAGUAAUUGCACAGGAUUUGUGGCUGAGAAGCUAGAAUGGGGAAAUGUUGAUCAGAUCGAGCAAAUUUUGGGAAGUCACUCGGGAGGAUUUGAUCUUAUUCUUGGAGCAGACAUAUGCUUUCAACAAGCAAGCAUUCCUUUGCUUUUUGAGACAGUGAAGCUACUACUUCAAAAAAGGGGAAAAGGACGCUGCAAAUUCAUACUGGCCUACGUUUCUCGAGCUAAAAUGAUGGACUCCAUGGUUAUAAAUGAAGCUACAGGACAUGGAAUGAAGAUUGCUGAAGUACCUGGGACUCGAUCUGUUGUGGGGAAUCUAGAAGGGACUAUUUAUGAAGUCAUUCUGUGACAGAUGCAUUUAGUGCUUGCAGGAUGUUCAAUGUGAAGAAAGCUUGCUUAGAGAAGCAUUCCAUGAUAAUUAGAUGAAAAAUACAAGAUCUUUUAACAACAGAGACAAGAACCUGACGAAUCUUCUGUGAGGAGACAACAAUCCCAGGACAGGCUUCUGAAGAUCAUGAUGCAAAAGCUAGCAACGCACAUUUCUCACAAAAGCCUUUACUGCCAGAAUAUAGUGAUGAUUUCCUGGUUUUACUUGAGUUUGGUGUACUUUCCUUUCUAGUUCUUCCCGGGAAGGUAUAAUAGAAAUUUUGAAAGGUUUUGUGCUAUGUUAGAAGUGGAUUAGACAGUUAAUUUCUUCAGAUGCAGGAAAACUUGUCUUUUGUAUUUCUAAUUGAAUUUCCGGUAAUUUUUGUGCCGGUUGAGCUUAAUGUUCCAAGAGAUCAAAAGACUCGUGACAAA